ACAAAAGAGGGAGAGAGAGGCGAGGUAGCAACAUAGCAAGCACAAGAGCGCAGUUUGACAUCCCACGGCGUGGUCUGUAGCCUAAUUUUACCGUUACCGUUUACCAAGACAAUUUGGCGAAUUCUGGGUGGAGAUUUUAAUCGUAGUUUACUGAACUUGUGUUCUCUUUUCUCGCACGUUGCAUUUUCUGUAAUAUUUGGAAUUGUGAUCAAGAAAAGCAAAAUGUUAAGGAUAAUGUUUCAUGUCACUCAAUAAGAUCAGUAUUUACAGGACAGAGAAUAUCCGGAUGUCAAGUUGUAGAGGAAGUAAGGCCGGGAGUCAGUCCAAUGCACCUUAUCGGCAAACGCAUUGCACCUGACUUUUAAAGUUGAAGAAGAUCAAAAGUCCAAUCAAGACCAAUCAUCAAACAGGCCCAAACUACCAGUGAAAACAACAUCGUCCGCAUUCUGCCAUGGCUUCCAACACCAAUGCUGCCCCUAGUGGAGUGGAGGGAGAACAGCAGCCGGAACAGACUAUCACCUCCCAGCCAACCAGCGCUGAGCACCAAGAGACAGCCCCUGACUUCAGCCAAUCGGAAUGCAAAGACCACUUGGCAGUAAUCAGCGAGAAGAUGGAGACCAGUAAUGGAAUGUGUGCUGCCGACUCCUCGCCCACAUCUUCCAUCUCGUCCCCCAAGCGACUGCAACACGCAAAACCAACCAACGGCCGGGUGCGGAAAGGAAGCCGCUCUGGGUCCCUGCUGGGUCAUGGGGCAGGGUCUCCCAGGCCUUCCAUCAGCCGUCAGCCCAGCACUGUGACAGAGGAGGACAACGGCAAGCCCCCUAGGGACUACCUGAUCCUGGCCAUCCUGUCCUGCUUCUGUCCCUUGUGGCCCAUCAACAUCGUGGCUCUCGUCUUCUCUGUUAUGUCGAGGAACAGCCUGCAGCUGGGGAACGUUGACGGGGCGCGGCGUCUGGGCCGGAACGCAAUGGUGCUGUCCAUCGUCUCGCUAGUUGGCGGGGUCAUCAUCAUCAUCGCAGCCAUCGUCUUAAACUGGGGAAGUAUAAUAAAAUCCUGAGGGUCACCAUGGAAACCAGGAGCAAGAUCACAAGACAGCACACAAACAACCAUCCCAACCAGACUUUUCCCCUUUCCUACGAUCAAAACACUAUUCUACAAAAGCACCUAUUCUACAAAAGCACUAUUCUACAAAAGCAACCGACAGUAUAGUCCCUCGUCCUUUUUUUUGCUGCACGAGCAUGUAUGGCCUGUAAUAUGCUCUCUGAAACGGAUAGACAAGUCCCUCAUCUCUAGCUCCUACACCACGGACCCCAACGCUGCCACCAGUGGUGUAGUUCACGGUAAACGUAUGUAAACGCCGGAAACGCACGUAUUUCAUUUUGCUCGAGUGUUUACCCACCUUUUUGCAGACAAAUGCAUUAUUGACCGCGAACAGUGAUCAGGAGUUACCCGCCUAUUUUUGUUGACCACUCGUCACUGGCUGCCGCCAUCACUCAGAAAGUCGAAGGCGUCAUGUUGAACAACACUGAGGUAGGGAUAGACAGUGACAACCAGACUGGUUCCUCUGAAUAAGAGAG